AUGUUAACAAUCUUUGAUGACUUUUAUAAUAAUAAAAAUAUCCCUGACUUCCUUGAUGAUGAUAGCAUAUUAAUCAAUAAAGAAAACAAUAUCCAAUUAAAAGAAUUGUAAACUUAUUUAUAAACUACAACAAAAUUAGUUUAAUCAAUAAUGAAGAUUUAGUAACAUAAAUGCUCUCCUAUUUUCAAUAUGAUGAAUUAGAAACUGAUCAUAAAAGAGUAAUCAAGUAUCCAUUUGUCGUUAGUGAAUUAUUGGGUUCUAUAUAUGCUUUAAAUUCAAAUCAUCUGAAUUUCUUAAUUCAAUUAUUGAAUUCUUAAAAUCAUCUCCCUUCAAUUACUCUUGGAUACAUCACAAAAAUCAUUAUGAAUGUUCUCAAAAACAAUCCUUCUAUUGUAAUCAUACUAUUUAUUAAUUUUAGUUUUGGUAAAAUGUCUAGUUGUCAUAAUUAAACAUAAUAAUAAAUGAUAUCAAUAACUAUAAUAUCGCUGAAUUACUCUAUUCUAUGAUUAUUUAUUAAACUUAACAAAAUUAACUAGAAUAUUUGGAAUAAAGAAUUCAAUUUGUCGACUGUUUAAUAAAUUAAAUAAACACCGAUAAAAGUGAAGGGAUUUCUAAUGUUAUAUGCAUGUUAUUAAAUCAAAUUACUGAAACCCUUCAAGAAUAGAAGUCUCUUAUCAUUAAACAUUUAUACACUAAAUUAAACAACUUUUUCAGAGCAUUACCACUUCACCCUCAAUCAAUAUUAAAAAUAUUUACUAAUCUAAUUAAAUAUUAGCAGUAUUAUGAAUCAGAAGUUAAUUAAAUUUACAAUCAUUUCCUUUAAAUAUAAGACAUGUUUUCAAAUAUAAUUCAAAAUCAAGAUAAUUUUGGACAAAAUAAUCUCGCUUAUAUAGAAUUUUAUGAUGUACUGACCAAUUAACCAUAUAUAGUACAAAAUAUAAAUGCCUAAUAAUUGGCUCAAUCAUUGUUUGUAUAAAAUUAUAUUUUAAUUAGAAAUUAAUAUAAAAGUAUCAAUACAAUAAUUAAUUACACAAAUAUGCUACAAAUAUUAUACUUAAAUUGAUUCCUUAAACAGAUAAUCAACAAUUACUAGAGACAGCAAUUUAAGAAUUCAAGUAUAAAGUUUACAUAAAUUAGAAUAAAGCCAAUAAAAGAAAAUAGAGGAUUUGUAACAUUGAUUAUUAACAAAAUAUGUGAAGUUAAUUCAAAUUAACUAUAAGAGGAAUAAGAAUUGUAAUAAGUAAAUUAAAUAUAAAAUAAUUAUUUUUUUGGAUAAAUUCCUGAUUAGAAACCUAUAUUUAAUUUACAGGAAGAAUUUGAAG